AUGAAAUGGCUCCGAGUGACGAACAUUGAUAAUUUGGAAGAAAACAGGUGGAUAAAAAUUAUCCUCCGUCCUACUACGCACGGGAGAAUUUCCGUGAAAGCUGAACGCACGAAUCGAACUCGGUGCCGCGCGGAGGCGCCCUCCAGGAAGGCACGAGUGGACACUAACGAGUCGAGUCUGCCGGCAGCGGCCGUGAUCCUUCUAAUUACGCGGAGCGCCAACGACCCGCCGGCGGCCGUAGCAGCGGCGGGCGCGCUCGCGCUCGCACCCGACGUGACAUCCGACGUCGCCGGAGAACGGAAUCUCAUUACGUCAGCCAAGUUCGCCGGCAUCGCCGGCCCGCGCCGAGGGGAGCGAAGUGGCCGCCCCGAGAGCCGCCGCGCGCUGCAAGUGAAACGAGGCGCCGCCCGCCCGCUGCGGCCGCCGCCGCCGCCGCCGCCGCCGCCAGCGCGCCAGUUUAAUCAGGCCGGCCCGGCCCUCAACCCUGAUGAGGGUCAGCGCCACUUCAUCUGCGAGUGCGCCGCGCCGCGCCGCGCCGGCGGGCCCUCCAGUCUGGCCGGGCCCAGGUGUACAGUGGCGCACAGUGGAGCCGCCCGGGGCGCUGGGCGCGCAGAUUAA